AUGAUUGUCUGGAUGGCCGAACACGCCUUUGAUCUCAUGAGUCCAGUUGUCGAGAAGCGCUCUAGGAUGUUUGUGUGGCAUCGUAUGGGCGGGAAAGUCGGUACUAAGGAAGGCAUCCGUAUUUUCUGUAAACAUCAUGAAGAGGAACGAACGAAAAGAAUCUUCUAUAUUUGGCAGACUUGGUCUGAGUCAGCAGCCCCUCAAAUGAUCCCAGCGACACUACUGUCACAGCUGCCCCAUGAUGUGCAGUCGACCCCAGCCGCUACCGCUGAUAUCCAGCUCGCCUACCAGUCACUUCUCGCGAUUGUUGCAACUUUGCAUACCAAUGGUUCUGGCAUUGACUCAGACUCGGCAGGUUCAGAAAAGUAUCAUCUCGUUUCCUCCUGGAAACGUGUUGUUCCCUGGCUUGUCUUCUUUCAUGACCAAUUCAUUAUGUGCAGAGCCAACUAUCGACCUGUCGACAAGAUGGCUGCCAUCAGGCUUGUCGCUAGUUUGCUAUUUCAUGUUUCUGUCAUUGAGAGCGACAGCACCGAAAUAUCAGUGCUUAGCACUCCCGUCCUUUAUUGCCCAAUCGCGGAGUUGUGGUUGUUAGCCGUGAACACCAAAGACAGAGAUGUAGUGUGCUUGUCAUCGCGGGCCGGCGCUCGCACCACUUCUUUUCGCAUUUUCGGCACCUUUGUGAUUGCAGAAUGUAUUUGCGACAAAUCUUUUUUGACCAUACUAGCCGAAGUAUCAGGUGGCGUCGACGCCGUCGCCUCUGCAGCUCUGAAGUAUGUCAAAAACAUACGGUCGAUGGCUAAAAACCCCGAUAUAGCCUCUGACGCUUUCAAGCUCAAGCUGGUUGUAUCAAUGUUUUCGUGCUGUGUUGCAAUUAUCUUAUCGACGAGCAUGCACGAUGCUGCGAUGCGGGAAGCAUACAUCCUCCGGCAGUCCCUCAAAGAGGUUUUCUCGACUCUUCGUGUUCUCCAGUCUCUUCCUCCGGGCAGAGGGAGCAUGACGGGGGCCCUCCGCUCAACUAUUCCGUACAUCCGCCUUCUCCUUGAAAAUGCCGACGACCCUGUUUCAGUAUUCCAUCAAGCCCUUCGUGCACACGCUGUCGAGACCAUGAUACAUAUAAGUCCUUCUGAACACCUGUCAGUGGAUAUAGUGGGACCGGGGAAACCUCAUAUGGCCAAUGAGGCUUUUCUUAGGAUCUUAACCGAUUACACUCUUCACGACAAAAUCUUGUCCUACGUCUCUGAACAUGUGGACACCUGGUCUGAUGAUCUCGGACCAAUCAUGAGACAAGACAAACCCCUCUGGGAUGUCUGGUCCGAACUAGAGCAGAAAAUACGAUCAUAUGGGAUACUUAGGUCCAGGGCAGAAAUGAUAGUGUGGCCAUCACUAACUUCGUUCCUGCUGAUUCGUCGACUCAGAACUACCAGUGUCACUGCGGUAGUACUGCGGAAGACAUUCGUCUCAGGCAAUGUGCGGGAUGUCAGGUUGUACGGUACUGCUCAAAGCGAUGCCAGCGUAAUUCCUGGUAUAGUCACCAUAGGCUCAUCGAUACCACACCACGUGAAACGUAGUCUGCGUCUGCUAGCCGCUCUAGAAGUUGGCCAUAAGCAGCGCAAGUGGGACAAUAUUUUGAGAUUGGUCGUCGCUGCACGGUAUGAAUAUCCGGAAGAUCGGGAACGACUCGUGGUCGAGCUAGCUCUUGAUAAGAACGAAGAAUUAGUUCGACCUCUUCGAAACUACCUCUUCCUGUUCGAUGGCCUCUCUGAAAAUGAGGUCGUGGACCGCUUAUCAUCUUGGCCAGAUUCGAGGGGCCAACUUCAAGGACUAUUCCUUUGUUCAGUUAUCACGAUACACGAUCGAUAUGCGGCACGGCAAAUUUUAUUCAGUCCGUGUAUUGCAUUAGAUAUGGAGAUAGUGCCGCAAACGUUCAACGGUAACGUUCAGGAUGUGUGA